AUGAAAGUUAAGGUAGAAAGCCCAAGAAUUAUCAAGCCUUUAUAUGAAAUAACUCCUCCUUCAAAAACAAGCCAAAUUCCUCUUUCUGUCUUUGAUACAGUCACUUAUGAUGCCCACAUUGCAGUAAUUUAUGCAUAUCAUCCACCCACCCCAUCAAAUUCUGCCAUUGAGUUAGGACUUCAAAAAACAUUAGCCAUUUAUAGGGAAAUGGCAGGGAGAUUAGGCAAAGAUGAAAGGGGUAAUCUUGUCAUUUUACUCAAUGAUAAGGGUGUUAAAUUUAUUGAGGCAUCAGUGGAGAGUGCACUUGAUCAUUCAAUACUCCUCAAGCCUUCACCAAUUUUGCUUAAUUUACACCCUAGCUUAAAAAAUGUUGAUGAUUUGAUACAAAUUCAAAUCACUAGAUUCACUUGCGGCUCCAUGAUUGUUGGAUUUACAAUCCACCACCGAGUGGCUGAUGGCCGUUCCGCCAGCCACUUGUUGGUUGCAUGGAGCCAAGCCACUCGAGGCCUCGGAGUCAAUCCACUUCCUUUUCGCGAUAGUACCAUUGUCACCCCUAGAAACCCUCCCCUCAUUGAGUUUGAGCAUGAGGGCGCAGAGUUUAUAUCUAAAAGGGCGCAAAAAGAAUAUUCGCUCAACGGAUUAACUCCUUAUAUGAAAAAUGAUGUUGUUGUGGAAAAAUUUCAUUUCACUCCCGAGUUUAUCACCAAGCUCAAGGCAAUAGCUUCUUCCAAGAAUGGCCAAAAUAGGCCUUUUAGCACUUUUCAAAGCCUUGUAGCACAUUUAUGGAGGGUUAUGACUCGAGCUCGCAACCUACAUUGUUCAGAAACAACCCAAAUAAGAAUUGCGGUUGAUGGUCGAAUGAGAUUAAUCCCAAGAGUAUCCAAUGAGUACUUCGGGAAUUUAGUCCUUUGGGCAUUCCCGACUGCAAAAGUGAAGGACCUUUUGCGAGAGCCUCUUCCAUAUGCAGCAAAUCUCAUUCACGAUGCUAUCGCAAAGGUAAACAACGACUACUUCAAGUCAUUCAUUGACUUUGCAAGUUACGAGGCGAUCGAGAAAGAUCUUAUCCCCACAGCAGACAUGAACAAGCACAUACUUUGCCCUAAUUUGGAGGUCGAUAGUUGGUUAAGUUUCCCAUCUCAUGACCUUGAUUUUGGAACUGGUAGUCCUUGCUCUUCCAUGCCAUCUUUUUACCCAACAGAAGGCAUGUUAUUACUCGUGCCGUCUUCAAUUGGAGAAGGAGAUAUUGAUGCUUUCAUUCCGAUAUUCAAAGACAACUUGUCAGUCUUCAAGAAAUUAUGCUAUUCUCCAGCCUUCAUGCAGAUAGAAAAGCUCCAUUCAUAUCUAUGA